GUUGAUGAUUGGAAAAUAAAAUAAAAGAAAUAAUAAUAAUAAUAAUCAACGUCUAUUAAACAAUUGAAGAUAAAGAGAAAGUUUCCAACCACGCGAAUCUUGUGUUUACGCGUUCAGAGACUUUCUCAGAAAUUUCGCAUAGGUGAGUACCGAUUCAGAGCUUUGGUUUGGAGUAAUUGCUAAUUAACUCGAAGAUCUACCUUUUUGUAAAUUUUCAACAUGAGCAGACCACAAGAACCACACCGCCCUUUCUUUUCAUUCGGAAACCCUUUCCGGAUGAUAUCACCAAAGGGCUCUCAAUUGUCUCCGAGGCUUCUCUCAUUAUUAAAUGCUUUUGAGGAAACCUUGGCAGUGAGAUUGAGGAAUCUUAAUCCAAAAAACAAGGAGGAUGUUCUUAGCUUAACAUGGAUGAAGUGUGCAAUGGAAACACUUUGCGACACUCAUAAUGACAUAAAGACAUUGAUUACUGAUCUCGAGCUUCCUGUUGCUGACUGGGAUGAGAAAUGGAUUGAUGUCUACUUGGAUAUCAGUGUGAAGUUGCUUGAUAUCUGCAUUGCUUAUAGCUCUGAGCUUGCUAGGCUUAGCCAAGGUCACCUCUUGCUUCAGUGCGUUCUUCAUAACUUGGAGUCCAAAACUCCAGAGCAAUUUAUACGCUCCCGUUCUUCCCUUGAUAACUGGAGGCAGCAUAUUGGUUCAAAGAAUCAAAGAGUUCAUAACUGUCGUUCCAUUUUGGACAGCCUUGUGGGAUCUUUGAAUCUGCCAAAGGUUAAGAAUUCAGCUAAAGGAAAGGUCUUGAUGCAUGCUAUGUACGGAGUAAAGGUGCAGACAGUUUUUAUUUGCAGCGUCUUUGCCGCAGCUUUCUCAAAUUCUUCAAAGAAUUUGUCAGAUUUGGUGGUACCCGACACAAUCAUAUGGUCGCAAGCAUAUUCUGAUUUGCAGACUAAUGUAAAUAUGGAAAUAAGACAGAAGUUUUCCUGUGGAGAACUUACAGUUUUGAAAGAGCUGGUUGCAGUUGAUUCAACUGUGAAGAAGCUGUAUCCGUUGAUUCUAGACGGGUUGGGAUCUGUUGAAGUCGAGGCUUUCAAGGCUUCUGUUGCAGACUUGAAAAUGGGAUCAGAAAGCCUUUCUCAGGGGUUGGAUCUUCUUGCGAAGCAAGUAGAUGGCUUUUUCAAGAUAGUUUUGAGUGGGCGCGACGCUUUACUUUGUAAUUUGAGAGCCUCCGGUGCAGUUACUGACCCAAUGUUAGGGACUAGCGUAGGAGGAGAACAGCUUGUAAGGUGAAUACAUUUGGAACUAAAUGUGUUCAUGUAUACAAAAGGUUUAGGUGUGAGGUGUUAUCUUAAAUAUACUAUCUUGUAUGGCUUAUCAUAUAAUAUAUGGUGUGAAGUAUUUUGUAGUAGUAUGGAACUGGUUUGUACAUGUAUAUGUUAUGGAAUGUCUUAUGAAAUGCAAUCUUAUUUUA